AUGCAAGGGUUUCGCUACCGCCCUGAACUUAUGGAAGGCCUACCCGAAGAGCUCACCAAGGAGCUUAAGAAAUAUGAAGAUUGGUUCUGGCUGGAUCCGCCCAAGUUGAAGACGAUCUCUGAUCACUUCGCUAAGGAAUUGGAGAAAGGCCUUACCGUUGAGGGUCAGGAGAAAGGACGCAUUCUCACAGUUGAUCUGGGGGGAACCAAUAUCCGUGUAUGUGAUGUCUGUCUUUCCGCGGGAAAGAGAGACUUCGAGCAACGUCAGCGAAAAUACAAGCUUCCAGAAGAAGUCAAGACAACCACAAAAGAUGCCCUGUGGGGAUUCAUUGCGGACCGAAUCAAAUCGUUCCUCAGUGAGAGUCACAAUGAUACUAGUGCUUCUGAUUCAAACCCAAUACCGCUGGCGUUCACAUUCUCAUUCCCAGUAGAGCAGAAGUCUAUCCGCAGCGGCAUUCUGCAGCGUUGGACCAAAAACUUCAAUGUUUCCGGAGUGGUAGGGCACGAUGUGGUACCUCAGCUAGAAGAGGAACUUGCAAAAAGAAACGUCCCAGUGAAACUGGUCGCCCUCAUCAACGACACAGCGGGGACCCUCAUUGCAUCACGUUACCGGGAUCCGCAGGUAAAGAUUGGUAGUAUCUUCAGUACUGGCUGCAAUGCAGCGUACAUGGAAGAAUGUCGGUUGAUACCGAAGCUGCGCGAUUCAGCACUGCCCGAAGAUGCAACCGUAAUCAUCAACACCGAGUACGGUUCCUUUGAUAACGAGCGUAAGGUGCUGCCCUUGACUCCAUUUGACCGACAGAUCGACAACGAGUCCGCCCAUCCAGGCAGGCAGAUCUAUGAGAAAAUGGUGGCUGGUUUGUAUAUAGGAGAGAUGCUGCGCCUGGUGAUGCUGAAAAUGCAUGAGGCAGGUUUACUCUUCAAAGGGCAAGAUGUCUCACGUCUUCGGACUGCGAACUCAUUGGAGACGUCCUUUCUAUCUACCGUCGAGAUGGACAUGUCGGAGAGCCUAACCGACAUGAAAGAGGAGUUCAUGGAUAGCCUAAAUCUGGAACUGUCGCUAGAUGAACUAAAGGCGUGUCGCCUUCUUAUCGGCCUGAUCGCGAUGCGUGCGGCGCGUCUCUACGCGUGUGGAAUUGCGGCCAUCUGCAAAAAGAAAGCGAUCCGUCAGUGCCACGUUGGGGUUGACGGCUCGGUGUUCAGUAAAUAUAGUAUGUUGAAGGGACGAGUAACCCAGGGUCUUCGUGAUAUCUUUGGUUGGGACGAAAACAGGUUGGACAUGAUUGCUCUGAACUCGGCCGAGGAUGGGUCUGGAGUAGGAGCAGCAUUGGUUGCGAGUUUGACUCUUGACCCGAAGCUCACCGCAUCGCUGUCCUCGCUGGGCAAGGUAUGUUGGAUGCGCCUGGAGUACGAAGUCAUCCGCUUUACCAUCAUACCCGACCAAGGCACACAAGUGUGGGCAUCAAUACCAGUCGGAACCAUUUUCGACGACACGACCUACGAGUUAGAAUCUAAUUCCGACGCCAUAAACAUCGAAGUCAACAUCAGCGUUCUAAACCGAGCCCUGCGUUCCGCCUGGGGCUCAACACAUACACAGCUCCGCCUAACUAAAAAAGACAAAACCCCCCUCUUAGCACUAACAGUCCUCGCAUCAGAAUGGACAGAGGGAAACAUAGCCUUGGCCACCAAUAAUGACGCAGAUGGCUUUGGCGACGACUCAAACCCAGAAGCUCCAGCCGAUACGACAGGUGAUCGAGGACCACGCGAGCGCCAGACAUGGAUCACCCAAGAAAUCCCCAUCAAGAUCCUCCACGAGUCAGCAGUCGAAGGCCUGCACGAGCCGCACUGCCCAGACCCCGAAGUGCAUAUCAUCCUACCCAAUCUAGCGCAGUUGAAGAGCAUCUCCGAUCGCUUCACAAAACUUGCAUCCACAGAUAGUAAAAGCCGACAGCCCGGUGUGAUGGCGCCCGAAGCGCCGGGGAUGCACUCUGUUUCUUUCAGUGGGCCGGGCGCUAACACAGCUGCUACGGCACUGUCCACCAACUCGUCUCCCAAGCUUGAAUUAUCUGCUAAUAUGCAUGGUUCACUACGGCUGGCUAUUGCUACGGACGAGCUGCGCAUCGCGAGUGUCUGGUCUGAUCUCGUGAACCCGCCGUUAGACCCUGCGCAGAUGAGCCAGGAGCAGAUGAGCCAGCUGCCUAGUGAGCUUAAUCGGAAGCGGGAGGCAAGUGAGGGAUUCGAGUCUGGUUGGGCUAAGGUACGGAUUGAUGGAAAGGAUUGGAGUCGGGUGCUUAGUAUUGGGAGACUCAGCCCCAAGGUUGUUGCCUGUGAGUUUUUUGCUGGUGGUGUAAUUGGAAUUGCUGUUCGCUGGUGCAAGUACUGA